CAAAAAGAGCCCAAACCGCCACCAACCAAACUCUCAAACCAGGGGCUCUCGGAAAAGAAAACGAUAGAACAAAUUUAAUUUAACAAUGGGAAACAAGAGAGCCCAGCUGCUAAGAUUAGUCAUAUCCAGCCAACAAAAUUAAGAAAGAAUAGAAUUUAGUUACAGAUGGAGAUAGAGAGAAAUACAUUAUACAGACGCACAUAGACAGAGACAAGGACACACAGCAGAGAGAGAGAGAGAGAGAGAGAGAGAGAGAGAGAGAGAGAGCUUCGAUUCCUUUCUUCUUUGUCAGAUUUCCAGAAACGGUUUUCAUCCCAAAUUCUUUCAUUCUCAUCCUCAAUUUCCCAACCUCACCCCACCAUUUAUUUUAUUCAUUUUCUUCCUUUAUUAAAAAAAGGGGAAAGAGAAGUCGUCCAAAUCUGUGUACCUUUUGCUUUACUAUAUAUACAUACAUAUAUUCUGCGAGGUUUUGGUCCACAAGGACUCAAAGCUCUCUGAUUUACAUCUAAAAUGGCGACGUCGGCUCAGCUCCGGCUCAUGUCCGAUCUCAGAACCAUAACAAGCGAGCCUCCUGAGGGUUGCAGCGCCAGCCCUCUGUCCGAUGAUAACCUGAUGGUGUGGAGCGCCACCAUAUUUGGGCCCGAGGAGAGCCCCUGGGAAGGUGGUGCUUUCAGUUUGAGGUUAACAUUUGGUGAACGUUACCCCGAGAAGCCCCCUCGGGUUCGAUUUACCUCCGAAAUGUUCCAUCCAAAUGUUUAUCAUGAUGGUACACUGUGCAUGGAUAUAAUUCAGGAUGCUUGGUCACCCUGCCACAAUGUAUCUACGAUUUUGACAUCUAUUCAAUCGCUUCUCACGGAUCCAAAUCCUGCAAGUCCGGCAAACAUCGAGGCCGCUCACAUGUAUCAGCAUGACAUACAAGCUUACAACAAGAGGGUACGCCGCUGUGCUCGUCAUUCCAUUGAUUCGUUGUAGUAUCUGUCUGGAAUUUGCCUCGUCUAUUUUUCUCCUAACUUUUGGAGAAAGCUUUUUAUUGUGUGUAUCAUGCUCUAUUUGUUGAAUGUAAUCAAUCAUAUAGAUUUUCUUUUCCUUCUCAUGUAUCAUUCAAACAAAGUUAUGUCAAUAUUUACACACGUCAAAUCGUGUUUUAAUUUCUUUUGGUGGA